AUGGGCUCUGAUGAGCACGAAAGCGUAGUCGAACUCCCACCAUCAGGACCUGCUUACAGGGUCUACAAGCGACGGUUCUGGGGCUUAGCGCAGCUUGUUCUGUUGAAUAUCAUUGUUAGUUGGGAUUGGUUGACCUUCUCUGCCGUCUCAACUACAGCUGCGGAGUAUUUCGAUGUCUCAGAGAGCGCUGUUAAUUGGCUGAGUACGGGCUAUCUGUUCGCCUUCUGUGUUGCGAGUCCCAUUGUCAUAGUUACUCUCAAUAAAGGCGGCCCCAAGCCGGCUAUCAUCGUUACCUCAGCCCUUCUCCUAGUCGGGAACUGGAUCCGUUAUGCAGGGGCCAAGGCAAAGGGGGGCAUCUUCGGUGUUACGAUGUUCGGCCAGAUCCUAAUCGGCCUGGCGCAACCGUUCUGUCUCAGUGCUCCAACUAGAUAUAGCGACCUCUGGUUUACAGACCAUGGGCGAACCAGUGCAACGGCUGUAGCCACAUUGGCUAACCCACUGGGCGCUGCGCUGGGUCAGUUGAUAAACUCCUUCUGGGCGAGCGAGCCGCAUGAGAUACCGGACAUGGUUCUAUACAUCUCGAUCAUGGCAACAGUCGCAUCCAUUCCAUCGUUCUUCAUCCCCGCCAGACCACCAACACCACCCAGCGCAUCCUCCGCCGCAACAAAAACUCCCCUCGUCCCAGCCAUAACGCAGCUCCUCCAGACCCUCGAGUUCUGGCUCGUCCUCAUCCCCUUCGGCGUAUACGUCGGCUUCUUUAACAGCGUCUCUUCCCUUCUCAACCAGAUCUUGUCACCGUACAACUUCUCCGAAACAGAAGCCGGCAUCGCAGGUGGCAUCCUCAUCAUCGUCGGCCUCAUAUCCUCUGCCAUCCUCUCACCCCUCACAGACCGCUACAAGCGCUACCUCGGCACAAUCCGCGUUCUCGUCCCCAUCGUCGCAAUCUCUUACAUCGCUCUGAUCUUCGCACCGUCCAGCCCGGCUGGCAUUGGGCCGUCAUACGCCAUAAUGGCCAUCCUCGGCGCUUCAUCCUUUGGCCUCCUCCCGGUGGUCCUCGAGUAUCUUGUUGAGAUAACGUAUCCGUUCUCCCCCGAGAUCGGAAGCACGAUCUGCUGGACCGCGGGGCAGUUGCUUGGAGCUGUGUUUAUUCUCAUCCAGGAUGCGCUUAAGGCCGGGGAAGGCGCUGACCCGCCACUGAACAUGCGCAAUGCUCUUAUCUUCUCUGCGGUUGUCGCUUGUGUGGCCGCGCCGUUCCCGAUCUGUAUUGGGCUGUUCGGGCGUGAUGUUAGAAGACGGCGCCUAGAUUUCGAUCGAGGCGUGAAUUUGGAUGAGAUGCAGACCGAGCGGGUCGAAAGUGUGCUGAGCGACAUUGGUGUCGAGGUUGCUGGUGCAGGUCUAGGCAAUGAGUCCGGGAAGUCGAGAUUUGGUCUCGGGUUGAAGGUUCCCUGGGGGAAGAACUGA